AUGGGAAGAGGAAAGAUUAUGGGAAGAGACUUUUUGUUGUUUGGCUGAAAUGCAAAGCCCAAUGUGAUAACAUACACUGCAAUUGUUAAGUUUCUUUUAGAUGAUGGGAAGAUUGAAGAGGCAUUAGACCUUUUGGAUAAGAUGGAGAAGGAAGGAUGUGAUCCGGAUUUAGUCACAUACAACAUAAUUCUCCACAAACUUUGUCACCAAAGUAGAGUUGCUGAAAUUGGUGAGCUUGUUAGGGUUAUUGAUCAAAAGGGGUUAUAUCCUGAUCCAUUCACUCAUGCUGCUUUGGUUGGUGGCUUGUUAAAAGGGGGGAAAAUAGGGGUUGCCACUAAAUUCUUGCUUAAUGUUAUUUCAAGGGGAUGUACUGUGGAUGUUGUAAUGUACAAUAUAUACUUUAAUAUUCUAUGUCAUGAGAAUAGAUCAAGUGAAUCAUUAUCUCUAUUGAGGAGUAUGAUGGAAAUAGGUUUUAGACCAAAUAAUGUAUCAUAUGACACAAUUUUGAAAGGCUUUUGCAAGGACAACAUUGAUGAAGCUCUAGAACUUUUUGACCAUAUAGAGUGGGGUGCAAAUGGACCUGACAUAGUUUCAUUCAAUACAAUUUUGUCUGCAGCCUGCAAACAAGGAAAUUCUCCAAUGAUUCGAAGAAUCUUAUAUCGGAAGGAGUAUGAAGGUAUUAAGCUUAAUGUAGUUAGUUCAACUUGUUUGAUUCAAUAUUUUUGCAUGGUUGGAAAGAUUCUGGAGUGCUUAAAGUUACUGGAAGCAAUGAUAUCAAAUGGUCCCAGUCCUACUGUAGGGACUUUUAAUACACUUAUGAGCAGCCUUUGCAAGAAUCAGUUUCUUGGAACUGCACUCCGGAUUUUCAAAUACUUGAAAAGCACUGGAGUAUUACCCGAUAUGAUAGCCUAUAAUAUUCUUAUACGUGCUUCCGUAAGAGAAAGCAAUGAUGAGCUGAUGGGUCUGUUGUUAAGGGAGAUGUGUAGCCAAAGUUUAAAACCAGAUGUUGUUACCUUCGGGUCCUUCAGUUAUGGCCUUUGCAAGGAAGGCAAGAUAUCGGUGGCCUUCCAGCUGCAGAACCAAAUGAUUGAGAAUGGGAUUACUCCAAGUAUUUCCAUUUACAAUACAAUACUGGAGGCAAUGUCAAAGAGUGGCAAGUUUUGGGACAUUAUCUUGUUAUUGAAAGAGAUGGUGAUGGAGGGGUGUGAACCUAAUGCAGUUUCUUUUGAGAUUCUAUACCGAGCAAUUACAAAUGGUUGGAUGAAGGAUAUCCUAGGACUGCAAAGCUUCUGGAGUUUGUCAAGUCUGGUAAUGGUGAAAAGAGACAGAUCAUGGACUUAGAUAACUAGCUGAUUCAUAAAGCGAAUUGGAGCCUGCGAUGGUUGCUUUAAUUAUCUGGUAUCGCAACCUGGAUUGUCUCACUCAAAUCCAACUUUGUUGGAGGCGUCUCCGUCGGCCUCCGCCUCUGUUGGUGGUUUUUCUGGCAGUGUCCACGGACCCAUCUCCUCGACUACUGAUCUGGGUUAUGGUAUGGAGUACAUUCCUUGCUUGCAAUUUGUUCUUUACUUGCCUGUACUUCAGUAGGUUGUUUCAAUUUUUCUUCUGAUGUUGCACAAAAGUCUCUCUCCCUGUCUCUCUCUCUCUCUAGUUUAAUGGGCAUUUAUUGAUUCUUAUCUGAUGCUUGUACGCAUUCUCUCCAAAUAUGGAUUUAUAUGUGUAUAUAUAUUUCUCUCUGUUUCUAUUUUCCUGUAUAUGUCUCCUAGUGGGGUGGGUAUCUUUGUUAUGGAGUAGCUUAGAUGAAGUCAUCAAUGGGGUUAGUAGCCUUUGUGGAUUCUCUCUGUUCUCGCUCAUCAAUGGGGGCAAUCAUGCUACUCUUUUCUGGCUCCCUCAUUUCUUUAUUUGGAUCCCAUAUUAGUAUUUUGUAUGGGUAUGUUGCAAUUGUGAUUGAUGUUUUUCUUCAUUGUAUGUUGUUACUUCUUUUGGAACUAAACAAGUUUGAACUCUUUGAUUUUAGUGUGCCUAUGGGUUGAAAGGUAUUGUUCUCUUGUGGAUUUUAUCAGUGACUUAAAUAGGUGAACAUGACUAAUUGUAGUUGUAAUUGUUUGUUGAAAUUGCCACAUUUGGAAGAGUGUUUAUGAUGAAGUGGGGAUUGUUAUUGUAGUUGUAAUUGUUUGUUGAAAUUGCCACAUUUGGAAGUGUUUAUGAUCAAGUGGGGAUUGUAAUUGUAGUUGUAAUUGUUUGUUGAAAUCGCGACAUAUUGAAGAGUGUUUAUGAUCAAGCGGGGUUUCUAUCGAUCGAAAUUAUAUUUUGAUUCUUGUUCUCAUCAGACUAUGAUAGAAAGAAAGGUUGCAAAUCAUUUUGAGGGGUUUCCAUCCUAUGGCCCUAGGAAUGAUCUCACCGGGACUGAAAUGAGUAACUGAUUCGCUGGAAAUAAGCAAAAUAAGUCAGAUUCUGCUUUCAUCCAGAGACGGGUUUCCACAAGCAGGACCAGAAUCCCUCGAUGGCUUGCAUUUGAUGAAGAUACUUCGAAAUGCAGGAAGAGCGACGCCUAGGCGUACCCACGAUGAGGCAAUGUUCUUUGGUAUGCAUCCGAUGAGGCCAACUCCAAUGUCUCGUAUAUUACAGCCACCCACUCACAGUAGGACCAAUGCCAGUGGGUCCAAACGUGAGCAAGUUAUUCCCUUGAAUGCGGGCCCUUCGAUGCAGUAUCCUCCACGGGUGGGCCAAGUUGCUAUUUUUGGGGGUCAAGUACCUUCAAACAGAUUCAAGGAUGCUAAUGCAGGUCCUUCGGCUAUAUCUCAAGCAGCUGCUGAUGAAGGGUUUCGCACUGGAAUUUAGACCUCCAUUAAUGCUAGCAGUGGAGUCUCAGAUAGAAACCCGUCUGGGGUGCUGCUGACUGGUAGUAAGCAGAAGUCCGGAACUCAUAAUUCCAAGUCAGAAUCUUUGACUCAGAGACCUAGUCAACAUGGAUCAGCAUCUUCCAGUCGCCAAAUGACUAUAUUUUAUGGUGGUCAAGUCUAUGUUUUUGAUGAUGUUCGCCCGAACAAGGCAGAUGUGAUAAUGGCAUUAGCUGGAUUGAACGGAGGAUCUUGGUCCACAACUUUUGUACCAAAAUCUACUGCACCAGUCCCUGGUGAAAGCUACAUACCGAGUGGAGAGAAAGAAACAGGCAUGGCCAGCAAUUUUGCAUCAUCGUGGGAAUAUCAAUGGUGGUCAUCCAUGACAGGCACCUCCAGUCAUGGGUUUGGUUCUGGUGAUCAAAUAUCAGUACCCCCAGGGAGUCACCAAGGCAGCACGAUAGCAGAAGAUGGAAAAGCCCCAGUUCAGGCGGAAACCAGGACUGAAGAGAAACAGGAGAGACUUGAUUAAGCAGAUGGGAUCGCCACCAGAUUCAGAAGUUGACGACUUCCUGUACACUUUUAGUUUUUGCCAUCAUCCGAUUCUAAACAAGGAGAAACUUUCUUUUCCAUAGUGUUGUUUUGGUGGCAUUUUUAUGGCAUUUCAACUUUGGGUAAGCAAUCGAGACUCAAAUUUCAAGUUUCUUAGUUUUGAUCUUACAAAUUUCCUGAAUUUUGUGAUGAUCCUAUUUUGGAGGGCCUCUUUAAAAUGUAGGAGAAAAUGCAUUUCAGCAGAGAACAGACAAAAUGCAUUUGAGCAUAGAAAGACCUAUGUUUUGAUUUGAUGUCCUAAAUCUCCAAUGGGUUCAUGAAAUGUUUUAGUCGGUUUUGAUUAGUCAUGUUGUGAGGUACACAAAACUGGAUCAGGAUCCCAUGCCAUGAAUCUCUUUAUAAUGGAUUUACUAUGGUAAUUUAAUGGUCUAUGUUUAAAGUAGACAAAAAAUGA